AUGGCCAGUUGCCUGGAAAAAAUUCAAGAAUGCCCUAUUCUGGGCUUCCCCACAGAUCUUUGUUUAGAUGGUGCUCAGCCAACUAAGAGGCAAGUAUUGCUUUACUAUGAGUUCCUCCGUUAUAAAGAGUUACAGAAACUUAAACAUAAUCCAUCACGUGCCUCUAUAAUACAACUAGUAUCCACAAAAUUAGUUGAACAUUGUACGCAGGAUCCAAGUAACCCAAACUUGCUAAGUGAAAGGCAAAUUAAACGAUUAAUCGACUCUCUACUGUCGGAAUACAGCGCGCUGAUAAAAGCACACCAAAAGAAAGAUAGACCUAAAAACCAUGAAAAUAACCUGAGAGAUUUUUUAAUAAGGUGUGACGCUGUUUUUGAUAUACAGAUUUGUAAAUGCAAGCAAUCGAAAUGCCGCUGCAAACCAUUUCAUCAUCGCAACACUACAGACAAAAAACAGGAAACAUCGGGGAUGACGGAGGGCAUGGACCAUAAUUUCGUGCACAAUUCUGAUAAUACAGAUGGUAGAGAUAAUACUAAGGACCCACCGUAUGUGCCGCCUACUGGAGAGGAUGAUCAGAAUAGAAUGAACCUUUUUCAUUUCGCCACGGUUUGUGACAGGUUUGGUAUUCCCGACCGAGCAGCAGCUGCCCUCGCCUCUGCUCUUCUCCUCGACGUUGGUCUUAUCCAGGAAAACGAUACUUCAGCCAUUAUUGACAGAAGCAAGGUACGUCGGGAAAGAGAAAAAGCACGUAAUACUUUGUUGCAGGAAAACAGGAUAGACGAGCCUCAGUCGCUGUAUUUUGAUGGACGUAAGGAUACGACCAUGAAAUUUGAGAAGACGGCCAACGGAUGGAGACGCAAGAAAGUUAAAGAGGAACACAUUUCUAUCAUUGCUGAACCGGGAUCUAGGUUUGUGGGUCACUCGACGCCUACUUCCGGUCAUGCUGUGUCCAUUAAGGAUAGCCUUGUAUCGCACCUCGAGAGCAAAAGCAUUAGCGUGGAGAAAAUCACGAGCAUCGGCUGUGACGGGACAUCCGUUAACACUGGACACAAGGGUGGUGUUAUUCGGCUUAUGGAAUUGCAACAGAAGAGACCACUGCAAUGGCUUGUUUGUCUACUCCACUUUAACGAGCUCUUAAUGAAGCAUAUGAUCGAAAAAGUGGACGGACCAACUAAAGGACCAAGAGCCUAUCACGGUCCUAUCGGAGCAUUACUGCCAUCUUGCCAUCUCAUGCCAGUUGCCGAUUUCGUCGCUAUACCCGCUGAACUUCCCCCCUCAAG